CUAUCCUUGUAGACUUCUUUUGGUGCUCUGACACACUGCAGCUUGAGUCUGACGCCUCUCUGUGCAGGUGGGUAUCAAAGUGUCAGGUUUAUUUGGGCUCCUCAGAUUUACCAGGUAAACACUUGAGCUCACACACAAGGAGCCUGGAGAGGAACGGUGACUCUGCAUAUUCGAAAAGCGUUCACGAUGCUGCAUGGAGGCAUCGCUGGUGUUCAGACUCCAUGAGCGCGGUCCAGAGGUGGUGAGGGAGGUGCUCCUGGAGCGAGGAUGGGAGGAAUAUGAUGAGGAGCGACGGGAGGAAGAGGACUGGAACUUGUACUGGAGAGGAUCUGCAUUUCGCAACUCUGAAUAUCUCAACCUGUUGCCAUGGCAGCGCCUCAACCACCAUCCCAAAACAGUCGGCAUCACACGCAAGGACUGCUUGGCACGCAACCUGAGGAGGAUGAGAGCCACGUUUGGGUCGUCUCUCUACGACUUCAGUCCCACCGCCUUCAUCCUGCCCAACGACUACACUCGCUUCCUGUCCGAGUACAACAGACUGAGCAGAGGACCGUCGCUGUACUGGAUCUGUAAGCCUGUGGAUCUCUCCAGAGGCAGAGGCAUCUUUGUCUUUGAGGACAUUAGGGAGUUGGUCUACGACUGCUCUGUGAUCGUGCAGCAGUACGUCAGCAACCCUCUGCUCAUCUCCGGCUACAAGUUCGACCUGAGGAUCUACGUCUGUGUGAAGAGCUUCCGUCCACUCACGGUUUACAUUCACCAGGAAGGACUGGUGCGCUUCGCCACGGAGAAGUACAACCUGUCGUCUCUGCACAACCUGUACGCUCACCUCACCAACACCAGCAUCAAUAAGUUUGGCCCCUUCUACAGGACGGAGAAGGAGAGGGUGGGCCGAGGCUGCAAGUGGACCAUGAGCAAGUUCAGGCAUUUCCUCCAAAGCCAAGACGUCGACGAGCUCCUGUUGUGGCAGAGGAUCAACAACAUUGUGACUCUGACGCUGCUUACCAUCGCUCCUGCCGCCCCCUCCUAUGCGAACUGCGUGGAGCUGCUCGGCUUCGACAUCCUGAUCGACGAGAGGUUCAAACCGUGGCUUCUAGAGGUCAACAACAGCCCCGCGCUGACUCUGGACUGCCAAGUGGAUAUCACGGUGAAGAAACGGCUCAUUGGAGAUCUGAUCGAUUUGAUGAAUUAUACAUUGACUGACAGCAUGAGAGAACAAGGUCACCUGUUUCAAUACCUGUGCCUAAAGAAAGCAAAUAUCAGAAGCAAAGGCAACCACUUACAGACUCUCCCUAAGAUAAAAACUCAUCGCCACCGUGACAGAAUCCACCAAAGACAACAUGCUUUUGCAGUCGAUUACCAAAGACACCUUCCCCCAGUUCACUUAAACAAGACGUAUGCAACCAAAGUAGUCUCAGGCAACAAAUCCAACACCAAAGACAGGACCUUGAACCUGAUCCUCGGCCCUCAAUCGAGGACAGACGUGUCAGCGGUAAACAGACGGACAUGGCUGACAGACGACAGGAGUCUUUGUGUGUCUGAGUUUACAAACCGCGACGGCACCGAAACAGAAGCUGAGGCGGACGUCGUUUCCUCUACGAUACGCGAGAUCCCUCACGGGGGGCUCGGGUUCAGACGUGAGAAGCUCCCGAACAUGUACAGUGGGAUUCGGAGAGAGGGAACCGAGAGGCCGGCAGCACUGAACAGACAACACGUUCCGCUCAGAGUCGGAGACUUCAUCCGGACGUUCCCUUUCAACACAGCCACUCUGACGGCCUCGCAGCACAGCCUGGAUGUUAGGAGAGUCAUUCAGGAGCUGCACAGGCUCACUGCUCAGCUGGCUUCAAGAGAGAAGAUGAAGAGACGAGAGGAAGAGGAGCAGAGAGAGGGUGAGGAAGACUUUGAGUCACUGUUGUGGGGGCCAAAGGAUCCUCCAUUGCUCCGUCAAUGUGUGAGACCUUUUUAGAGAUGCAUUUGUUUCCUUCAGGAUCUGCUGCAAAGCUUGUUUCCUCAGUUCCAUUGUACUGUCUGUUAUACCGUAACUAAGAAAAGGGACAUUCAAACAUCACUUCUCCCAGGAAAGGUCUUCAAUGAAUUCUGGUUACAGCUGUAUGAAAUAUGUUCCUCUAUACCCCUGAAAAGAGCCUGACUACCUGAAUUAUAGAAUUUGAAUAGCGUUUUUCUCCACACAUGGUGUUGACCCUUUAAGUUGUGAAGGUAAAUCAGGUUUAGCACAGGCAGCAUAUCGACUGCAUGAACAUGUAAUGAGAUCAGAGAGUGCUUUGACAUCGUCUUCAUCGAGUCCACUGACCAAAACCAAAUCAAUAAUAUAAGAGAAUUACUUCUAUCAAGUCUUAUACCACGUUUUACAUUUGAUCAAUAAAACUUAACUUAUCAAUGCAGCCCUUUGUGUGUCACACAUGCUCAAAUUAAAUAAAAAUGAAGCUUUCCAAACGAAACAGGAACACUGUUUUGGAUUUAGUUGAAACCGGAGAGAACACAUCUUAAUUUUCCCAUUUUUCUCUUAAAUAAAUUCCUUUGACUUUAAUACAAUAUAUUUUGCAAUAGCCUUCACUAGUUGUUUAUCAAAUAUACAUUCCUAUAAGAUUUGUAUAGGCUGU